UCAGUGGGGUUUGUGUGUUUUUCUUCACCGUUUCAACCCCACCCCGCCCCGUUGUUCAUCCAUUAAUGCUCUCUAUUUUUUUCUUAUUAUCUCUCUCUCUCUCUCUCUUCUUUAUGUUGAACACGCUUUUCGCAAUUGGUACGUGCGACGAGUGGUAUAAUCGUUUUUCAAAAUUGUAUUGGGAUUAGAUCGUGUGUAUUUUUUUUUUGCUCUCUCUACUCCUUGUUCCUGCUUUUCUUCUAGAUUGCCGCGCCAUGCGCGCAGUAGUCGCGUUUUUGCUCACACACUCAAUAACGCAGCACCAGCUGCUUGCUUAGGUCAACACACAGCCCCCAUACCGCGAUGUGUGUGUGCGAAGAUUUUAAUGACGGUGCGCGCGAGAUAUACGCAGGCGGCCGUCUCAAAGCUAAAGUAGUAGUUAUUUCAACCGCGGAACAAAAUACAGCGCAAGCGGGAACACACAACAUCGCUGCUUCGAAGAACUGCUGCUGCUCGCCCGACGACGUGGUACAUGUGCACUAGUACGCGCGCCUGUGCAUAUGUGUGUGCUUGUGUGCGUCUUGAAGAGCGCGCGAGAUCGAGCUCGCGGUUUCUUUAGUGGUGUUGGUGCGUGUUGUGCGGGUUGUGCAAUCGUCGUGAUAUGCUGUUUUUUUUCCUCACCACGAUCUAGGAGUCCUACGAUCCAGCCUGCCAGCAAAGUUCUUCAUUUGCGCCUCCUUUUUCCGUCGCGAUAUUGAUGAGCUUCCCUUAGCUCUACCAGCCGCGGGACGAGAGGCUUUUUGCUUCACAAAAUAAAGCUGCGAGAGAAUGCCGCUACCGGGAAAUUGCGAAUUUGGUUGAUAAAUGCAAACAUGUGUGCUUUGGAUUGACGAGGUUUCGAGAUCGCGAAGUAUUUCCGCAAAAGACCUAUAGCAUGCAAACACCGGCGUGUGCACAACAGAGCAUUACAAUUUCCAACAUGUCGCAAUAGAAGAAGAAGAAGAAAAGAAAACAAAUCUUCAACGGUGCUCGCAGAUGUGUCCUCCGAAAGCAUCGUUACCGUCGUGAGAGUGCGAGAGUGCAGCUUAAGAAAGUGUUGAUUUUUUUUGUGUGCGAUAGAAGUGAACAUUUUUGCAUUGCGACCUGCGAGAGAAAGUUUUCCGUAGACGGGUAGACGAGCCAACGCGCUAUAAUAAUAUCGGUCGAGAACGGCUGGAUGGGAAAACAAAGCAAGCGAUUUUCACGCUUCACGCAAUCGACCCGUUGUCCUGACAGCAUCCAUUGUGUAUGUGCACAUACGUGUAUGUUGGGUGCGUGCUAACAGAUGUAGUGCUGGUAGGUUUGAUAGCUGCAGUCACUUUAGCGCAAGUACAGGCGGUAGGACCGUAGUGUUGAAGAGUUGAUAAAUAUUUAAACCUUUUAUUUUCAUUUACCCAGCAACGGUGUGAUGAAAACUCCGGUACCGGAAGCCGGAAAAAGUGUACCGUGAGAGAGUAGUGUUUGGUGUGCAAAAAGAAAAAAAUUCAUCCCAGGUGUAGAAACAGAAAAUUUAAACGUUAGUAAGUGAAGCUUUUGUCCAGCAAGCAUUUAGACAAAAUGCGUCUUGCGUACAGUGUGUGCGCGUGUGAGUGAACGUUUAGUUUUUCUUCGAGCAACAAAGAAAAUGGAACGACGGUGAAGAUAAAGAAGAAACAACCGAAGAAAAAAGUAAUUCUUGAUUGCUUUUACUUUACCCUGCAAACAGCAGCACCAGCAGGCCACCAGUAGUUCGUGUUUGUUUUGUUGUGAGCCAAAGGAUAGUAUCUCUGUAUCCGUCGCCAUGCUGUUGCAACAAUAACUUACGUACGCACACACGUUCACACAAAACAUUCUGUGGAGUGUGGAAAAUUGUGGAAAAAUCGACAGCUGAACGUACCAAAAAAGUAGGGGAAAAGCUUUGCUUUGCUCGGCUAUUUGUGUGUGUGUGUGUGAGAGCGUGGAGGUGCAACGGGCAACAAUAACAGUGCGGAUCGACCGGAGCGCUGCAAUUAAAGGAGUGACAGUAGACACGCGCACGUGCGUGUGUGGUACCGCGCGGUAAAAACAGCGCCAGAAAAUAGCGGGAUUUGUGGCAAUUGAUCCAGAAGCCAGCGAGCAAGAAAAGCUGCCGAAAAUGGCGAACCCGAGGAAGUUUAGCGAGAAGAUUGCGCUACACAAUCAAAAGCAGGCGGAAGAGACGGCCGAGUUCGAAAGGAUCAUGCGUGAGGUGUUGGACGUCACGUCGAAGGCGUCCAAGAGUGCCAACCUGUCACCGACGACGGGCACCCUGGGCACGUUUCGAGGCGGUUCCCUGCCCAACGUCAAUAAUGAAAACAAACAGUACCAGGAAAAGACGGACGAGGGUUCUAACUUAACCGAACUCAAACCGUACUCGCAACCGGAAACGAUCAAGGUGAAAAAGGAAAUAUCGCCUAAAACCAGCACACCAAGCCACACGAGAGAGUCUAGAGGUAAAGAAGGUCGAACUCCCGGUGGUCCGAUGCGUAAUCGGCAGGCGAGUCGCAACCAUGACACGUCACCGUACGGCAACAGUACGGUUCACUUAAUUCCUCCGAUGGAAAACAACUGGCACCGUUCGAUCUCGGAUUCGGCAAUCCAUCAGAGUCUCUGUCAAAAUCAGCAGCAAGACGGCACCCUUCUUACCACUCACUCACCCCUAACGCUAAGUCCAACAGUGCAAAGAAAGAUUUCAAAUGCUCAACACAUUUCGAAAGUACACAACAACCACAUGACCAACAAUCAUCAUAAUCACCAUCAUCAUCACCAUCAUCCUAGUAAUCAUCACGACAAUGGGUCGACGCAAGACAUACGGUCACGCUCCUCUACGGCCCUGCCGAGGUUACCCGGAAUCAAUAUCUAUCCAUCGCAAAACCAUCCCGAUAGUAUACAGAUUCCGAUACCUAGCAACACUGGAUCGCUACCAGAUUUAACCUCCGUCGGUUAUCCUUCCAUGUAUCCGGCAACGUUGGAUCAAGAGUACGAUCCAAACGGACAAAAUCAUAGCUACUGUCCGAGUCCCCUUGGUACCUCACCUUCGUCACUUUCACCAACCUCGGCUAUCCAGAACCAUCACCACCAUCCACAUCCGAGGGCCAACAGCUUCAGUGGCGGUGUCAGCGGAAGCAGCACCGGUGGUGGGAAUGGUUCAGGUGGUGGUGGUGGAGGCGGAGGAGGCGGUGGCAACGGUGUUGGUGGAUAUCCCAUUCCUACUAGCCAUUCGAACAGUGGUUCCGUCAGCCCAACGGGUAGCGGUAUCAGCUGUAGUCCCAGUGCGUCCGUGGCCCCAAUCGCGAUUAAUAAUGUGAAUAUGGUGAACGCUGUUAAUCACAACAAUGGCGCAAAUCUUAAUAAUGGCAUUAAGGGAAAGAAAACGAAACCACAAACCAUCUCUAGUCAGCCUUUUUUAUCUGUACCAGAUAGUAAUAGAUAUUCGUUUAUGUCGAAGGUCAACAAUACUUAUGACACUAACCAACAACAACAGUCAGUGCAACAGCAGCAUCAACAACACCAGCAAUCGCAGGCACAGUCUCCACAACAACAACAGCAGCAGCAGCAGCAGCAACGAAUACCAACUCUAGAUCAAAUAAACUACGACAGUUUUACGCAGAUCACCGACGGUCUGGCGUCACCAAACCAGAACUCUCCCGAAAGCAUACUGUACGGAUCUCAUGGAAAUAUGUCCCCGCAAAUUAUGUCUGACUACCGAACUCGACCUAGUCCCGGUUCAAGUCCAGGGCUGGCGUUAGUGAAUAAUCCUGAUUCCAAUUCCAGUGCACCCUGCAGUCCUGUAUCCCACACUGUGGGAAGCAACAAUGGACCAACCUAUGAUAAAUAUCCGAAUAGUGACGUUUACGUGCAAAACACCCUACCACAGUAUUUGGAACACAUAACAUUGGACUGGACUACGCUGGUUCAGAGUCUAGUAGAGUCCGGAUGUACAUUAACCGCGCAAGUGCAGGGUGACAACGAUUUUACCACGAAUCAAAUGGUCUUUAGUGGGUUUGACGAAACCUACUUGACGAUGAACAAUGGCCUUGGUAUACGUACUCAUACGGGUCAUGGUAACGGGCAUGCUCAAAUACAGCAGUCUACGACGCAACAGACCAACCAGCUUAACUCGAUCAACUGUCAGAAUAUGCAAAACAUACAUAAUACCAAUAUGAACAACAUGUUCAACGGAACGACGGAACCUCUACUAAGCCUGUCCAACACGCAAUCGCUUAUCGAACCGCAAACACCGACGAUACCGGAGAUCGUGUUUACAGAUUAUUCGACUAGGGACGAUUUCGAAGCUGAUCUUGGACUUGGUCAUAUGGAUUUUCAGAGCAUUCAAAUGCUUUCAGACACCAGCACGAUGAUUGACCCGAUGGACGAGGACAGUUUUCGACGAGACUUACAGUAGAGUGAGCAACAUGCGGAUGACCUAUCUAAUGGUGUCUGUUAGCCGGGUGGUAGUUGUUGAUCGAUAGUUCAACGUUACAGUACUGGGCGAAAACCAGAAAAAACAGAUAUCACUGUUGGAUGGGUGGGUGGAGGGAAAUAGUUAAUGAUAACUGUUAUUCGAGGCUGACCACGAAGGUGGUAAACACAUAAGAUUGGACGACAACGUGUUAAGAAGUUAAACGAAGCGAAUUGAUUGUAAAGUUUAGCAUACCUGCAUCUAGGUUAGAGAGUUGUUAAUGGUUAUGUUUUAAGGUUGAGUUAAACCUUUGCCCACACUGCGUGUAUUGACAUGUAACAUUACUUAGAUGUUUUUUUUUUCUAGAACUAGUUGGCAUACAGGCGUACGCAUAAAACUGUUUUAUCUUAAUACCGGAUGGGUUAAAAGAGCUUUAUUUUAAAAUAUUCUACUCAACAGUAAAGUGAAUAUCGGAACAUAAUUUUGAAAAUGUAUGUUACAAUUUCAUACGUAACCGAGUUUCCUUUGUCUUCGUUGGCUUAUUAAUAGAUUUGUGUUGCUUGUUUUGUUCCAUGAUGAUAAACAAGGUACUAUGAGAUCUGGGAAAAUUUUUCAUCAAAAGUUGAAACUUGUUUCAUUCUCUUUGCAUUUCCUUUUCUACUCUGAUGGAGCUGGAAUGGAUAGCUGGAUAUUGUGCAAUUAUGAAAUAGAUUAAACAAUAUUUUGGUUUUGUCUAAUGACAGACAUUCAGUUUUUAAAGUUUGUGUACUCAACGGGUAAGAAGAAUUUUCGAAAUUAACCGCUUCCCUUGGUAAAUUAAAGGGUAGCAUAAUUGACUGUCAUGAAGCACAAAAUUUAUUUUAAAAAAUUGGCUUUAUUUGUGGACUAUUAUUCUUUCUGUUUCAAAUUUAUUUCAAUGCGGGUUUGGAAAUAUCUCCCCUUCACAGAUGCUCGAUUUUACGAUUAUGAUUAUACGCUUCUUUUUGUUUAAAUUUAAAUCUGAUUGUUACUAUAAGAUCGAUUUUCAUUAUCUCGAAACGAUUUUUUACAUGAUGUUAUGAUUCGUCGAAACGUUUUUUUGUUUUGCUUUCUUAUGAUCGAAUUUGAGUGAAGAAACAGCUUAAGAAAAGUGCUAGCUCAAUAACAUAGAGCGAAGAUGAGACAAAUAGAUUUGUUAAAUAACAGCAUUAGUCUAUACAAAUAAAAAUCCUGAUUGAAUUCGAGGUGAGCUAUAACAAUGGAUGGAAUGGAAAGUUAAUGAAAGAAAAAGCGAACCCGGAAGUAAAAUCAUUAUUAAAGAGAAGUGAUUUGCCGCAUGUUGGGAAACGACAGUAAUGUUCUCUGUGUAAUGCUCUGUUUUAAUGUCACUUAGAAGAUAAAAACGAAAACAUUGUGCUAUUUACCGAUAAUAAAGGGAUGAUAAGUUAGGAUAAAAUAUAGGUAAGGUUUAAUGCAAGUUUAGGUAGGAAACGAAAAAAGCAGGUAGAAAGAACUAACGGAAAAUGGAUAAUAAAGUUUGUCAACAACAAAACUGUAAAUGAGGAGAAAAGUUUACUUUAACCUGGACGACAGAGAGCUAACUAAAGCCGGUAACUGAACAAUACAAGAAAUGUAUGGACGCUGAUCAUACUUAAUUAGUUUCACUUGGCGUAAUUCAGGAAUGGGUUGCAAGCCACAGCACCUCCUGAGCAGAAAUCUCUCGAAAUGCAACAUAAAUGCUUGAUUUUUAGGCAACUAUUAAAGUGUUGAUUGUCUGCACUCAUCGUACCAUACUUCGUAAUUUCGUUCUUGUAUGAACAGUAAAGAAUUCAAUAACGAAAUAAUAGCGUGUUCGGCUGUGCAUGAAUUUUGAGAAGCGAAAACGAUAGAAAACUCAAAAUACAAGAACGACACUAACGAAUCAAAACGAACGAUAGAUAGAAACUGCGAAUUUCUUAACCAGAGUGACACAGUGUGUCGGUUCGAUGAAUAAUAGUAACGGACACCGGAAGGGAAGGUAUUGAAUGUAAAAAUAUCGUAACAUAUCAAAUUGUACGAAAUUGUUUGUUAGCUUUAUCCAAUCUUCUCCCCUACCGACGAUAAUAAAGCUUACGACAGUGAUCUUUUGCGAGAAUAAUGAUAAAUCGCUAGCUUCAGCAAAACAGCAAACGAUCAUUACAUACCCUGAUACGAGAAUAGCGGAAUCAAAAUCCAUUGUGCGAUUGGACUGAACCAUAACAGUUAGACAGAGAAUGUUGAAGUACAAAAAGCAAGCAAAUAUGCUUAAAUCUUUUAGAUGAAUUCAAAUGUUGAAGGUAUACCAAGGAGGAGGAAACAUCUUACAUUAUAUCUCUCCCAAUACACGUUGCGCAUUUUCUGUGUUUUAAUAUGAAGAACUCAGUGUUCCUAAAAAAGAUUCUUUAUGUCCGUGUUGUUACUCUCAAGAUUAAGCAUCAUACGAGUAAUAUGGAAAUUGUCACAUUAUCUUGUGAUGGAAAUUUUUGGUUUUUUUUAUUUACUGUUUGAUAUGUGGUAAUAACAGUGAUGACAGAACAAACAUUCAACGCUUGACAAAUUAAUGCAAAUCCUAUAACUCUGUACAGAACUCUCUGCACACGUAUUCAACUAAAAUAACAAAACUCUUUACCAUCGUCUCAUUCGGACUCUCCAUUAUUCUCUAUGUAUUUUUCUCGUCAUCUUCCCUAUUAACAUGCAACUCCAAUUGCUUUGCUUUUAAACUCUACUAAAAAAAGAUAAGAUUUUGUCUUACUGGUACUGCGAUGAAUUCCAAUGUGCUUUUAAACUGGUGGAACCAGAUUGUCAACUAAAUACAUGCUAUUUGUAUUCCCACAAAUAUUCGUAUUUCUUUUUUAUUGUGAAAAACGAAUGGCGAUGACGACAAAUAAAACGUAGCUCGGGGUAUGGAAAUAUAUCCCAUGCAAAGGAGCAAAGUAUGGCCUUUGAGAUAUUACAGCUACAGCAUACACAUUUUUUGAAGCCUUUCUAUAUUAUAGGCAGUAUAGACAAUUUAACCACAAACCCCUUUUUGGGAUAAAAGCUCAAAAGAAACCGUUCUUUCUCAUUUUCAAUUCACUGUGCAGUUUAUCCUGCUUUGUGGGAAACACGAUACUCACCAAAUCCAAUACAAUUAAAAUCCUCACCAGACGAGACACUGAUGAAUGUGAAGCGUUAGUGUGUUUGACUUCUGUAUCUGUACUAAGAAAGUAAAACAUAUUUAAGAUAAAAAGGAAUGCUGAAUUAUGUUUCAGAAAUGUAUCAUCAUUUGUAAAGCUACCUUUCGUUCUACGGAUAUGAAUCAUUGAAACGAUAAAAUAUUUCAUUUUUUGCGUUAAACUGACCGUGACAAAGUGGAAGAGGUACAUGAGUUCAAGCAAGUGAUUAAACAAAACUAAAUAUGCCGAAAAACAUUCAAUUGUGUGUUUUAUAUUUUUAUACUGACUUUUGUUUUUUUUUUAUAUCUGCUAUUGCUAAACCUGAGUUUUGGAAUCAGUAAUUUGGUUUACGCAAGGUUUAAUGCCAUAUACAUUAUACACAGUCACAUAUACAUCGAAACAGCUGCAUUGUCAUCGCCAUCUUUCUUACAUGUGCCAAACUCUAUAUUAUGAGAUUUUUGUGUAUAAAAUAUCAAAUCAUUCACUUUACGUGGUUUUUUACUUUAAAUUUGUUAAAGUUUUUUUGUCUACUUUUUUUUCGAUACGAGCGUUUAUCAAAAAAGGUUACACGCGAUAAAAUAAAAUAUGGAAAUAAUUCAUUUUAUAGAUAGAGCACACUAAUCGAUUAGAAUCCACAGAUUCGCAAGCGAUAACAAUAUUAGCGAAAUUCAGUCUUUUGUUGCAACAGAACUCAAACGUCGAUAGAGAACACGAACCGGACAUUGCAAAAGAACUAAAUAUAGAAACAGCUUUCGCACAAGCCAACUCGAAAAGCGUACGCUUUGUAGAAAUAAACUGUGAGAAGCGUAGAAAACAGCAGCAAAUGAGUUAAACGAUGGUGAGCAAAGCAAGUGAGAGCGAGUGAGUGGGUAAGUGGGUAAGACAGACUACAAGAGAGAUAUGAUAAAACCGAUUAAAUAUUUGCUCUAAGUAUGUAAGUACAUACCUUGUUUUGUUCUUGUACAGUUUGUAAAUUGUGUUCGACAGUAUAAAAGCACAUAAUGUCUAGUGAGAGAGAGAGCACGUAUAAUUAGGAAAAAAAACCCAGAGUGCAAAUAGAUAGAAUAUUUAUGAUAAUGAUAAGAAAAUUCAAUCUCUGUUCUUUCCCAUUAAUAGUUACGAUACUGUUUGCAGCGAUUACAAAUCAAAGAUGUCCUAUUUUCCUUUCAUCCUAUCGUUCGUCUAAUUAUUCACUCCGAUGCCUUACUUUGCCAAAACCAAAAACGGUUCCCUUACAGAUAGAAAGAAUUCGCUUUUUGGUUACAAAUUUUAUGCUUGCACAUAAACUGUAGAUAAAAUGUAGCGUGAAUAAAAAGAAAAUUAUAAAAUAACGGAUCAAUGUUAAAACUGGUUACAUUGUGUGGUGCAUUUUAAAUGUGUAUUUUGUAGAUAGUGUUUGAUGUCUUUCGAUAAAAUGUAGUAACGGAGAGAGUGUGCAAAACUUAUGCCAGUUAAGUGCAGAUUGUUUUUGAGUAUGUGUCUGAUAUUAUUUUAAACGACACAUUGUUUACGCAUCCUAUUUAGUAUGAUGCACCGUAUCUUAAUAGUAUGUGUAGCUCUAGUGUGGACACUAGCUAGAAAGGUUAUGUUUGUUAAACAGAUUUUAUCGAAAAAAUUGGACGGUAUGAAAGCAUAUUUUUACGCACGUAAACCUGAUUUUAUGACAAAAAAAAAAAGAUAAUUGUUUCUAUAGCGUAAGAAAUAUCCAGUGUUUUGCAUGUGUGUUACCUGUAAAAGGCAUCGAAGAAAAUCAAGUAAAAACGGAAAUGUAGAAAUUCUGCGCCAUAAACACAUUACAAAAGAUGGACUCUUUCACAUGUAAAUGCAAAUGGAAAAGGAUUAGAAUGGAAAUUGGAAGAGAUUGAACGGAAUGAGCAAAGGUCAGUAAAAUAAGUAGUGAAAUUUGCAGAAAUGAAAAAAAAAAACAUGGGUAGUGUGAUACAACUUCAUAUAUGUAUAAAUAUCGAUGGUCUACGGUUACCAUGGUAACAUGGACAUGGAUCUAUUGUGUAAAGAGAGUAUCGAUGCGUUGUACAGAAGAGUCAAUUAGUAUGUGUAUAUGAACGUUGUGACAAUUGGAGAAGGUUGCACCAAACAGUAGACAACAGUAAAAAGACAAAAAACGAAAUGCAAACGAAAUAGGAAAGAACAUGGAAUGUGAUGAGAGGAAAAAUCUUAACCGAACAAUAGCAGUUUAAACCGUAACAUGCAAUUGUGUGUUUGCAGAAUUAAAUGGCAGAAAAAUACAAACUUUAAAGUUGGUAUAGCAAAUCACAUCGCGGUCAUGUAAAAAUAUUAAACCAACAACAGAACCAAUGCAACGUUUGUUUCAUUUCGUACAGUUUACAACACUUUAUCCAUCUUCAUCUCCUACUUCAACGUCAACACAAUAUAAUGAGCGAAUUUUGUGAUUCAAUAGUCUAGAAAUGAACCGAAGCCAAGCAGCAGCAGCAGCAGCAUUAAUUCAUAAUACCCUAAAUACCAAACAUAGAAACAAUGAUUAAAACAUACAAAAGCAGUAAUAAGGGCCCCUAAGAAGAAAAAAAAAACAAUGCCUAUGCACUUUUCUUUACCAAACGAACGUAUACAGCUGCGUACUAUGCGUGUUUAAGUGUGUGAUAGAUAAAACAGAUGAAAGCAGAUGAAUAAAUUCAACCCAAUUAUUGCAGGUAGUGCAAACAAAAACGUGUCGAACAAUGCGGGUGCUGCUAUUGCAUAAAUAGAACACACUGCAGAAAAGAAUGUUGGAUGGUAAUAAAAAAACAAAAUCAUCGGAAGCCCUGUAAAAUACUACUUAUCGUCAAUAAUAAAAAAAGAUAAAAUGAAUAAAAUA